AUGCCACCACCCCCACCACCACCACCUAAAGCACCACCACCCCCAGCAGCUCCACCAAAAACUGCUGAAAGAGGUGCUUUACUCAGUUCAAUUCAAAAGGGUUCAAAAUUAAAAAAAACAGUCACUGUAGAUAAAUCUGGUCCAGUUUUAACAGCACCAAAACCAUCAGGAGGUGGAGGUAUGCCAACUCCAGGUGGAGGAGGUAUGCCAAGACCAGGAGGUGGUUCAUCAGGAGGUGGUGCACCAGGUCCACAAUUGGGUGGAUUAUUUUCAGGAGGUAUGCCACAAUUGAAACCAUCAGGUGGAACAUUGAAAAAAGCUGCACCACCACCAAUGAUGGCACCAGUUCAAGCUGCCCCACCAUCCUAUGGUAAACCAUCAGCACCAACUCCAUCAUUUAAAGCACCACCAACCGCUUCACCACCAGCAUUCAAAGCACCACCACCAUUCAAGGCACCACCAACCGCCACACCACCAACACCAACUCCAUCAUUUAAAGCACCACCAACCGCUGCACCACCAGCUUUCAAAGCUCAACCAGCACCACCACCAUCAUUUGGAGGCGGUCCAAAACCAGCACCACCACCAGCAAGACCACCACCACCACCAUCAAGAGCUCCAUCAUCAUCUGGUGGUGAUGAUUCACAAGCAUUAAGAGACCAAAUCUCUCAAUUGGAACAACAAGUUAGAGAUUAUCAAAAUAAAGUUCGUCAACUUGAAUCUGAUUUGGCUGCCGCUAAAAAAUCAUCUUCAGGUACUGGUAAGAAAGCUGUUGCUCUCUACGAAUAUUCUUCAAAUGAACCAGGUGAUAUCAACUUUAAAGCUGGCCAAAAUAUUGAUAUUAUCUCUGUCGAAGGUGAUUGGUCAACCGGUAGAAUAGAGGGUGUAUUCCCAACCAAUUAUACAAAACUUCUUUAA